GUUGAAUUAUUACCAAAAUAAUUCGCAUUUAAGUGUGUUGCAUCAUGCAAAGCCAACUGAUUUUCUUCACUGUCGCAUUAAUAUCGAGUUCCUUCCCAGCAUGGGCUGCCAUUAAAGAUUUCAUUAUUGAAAAUGAGAAUGAUUUAAAACGUUUUGGCAUGCCGGACAAUGAUGUCCAUUAUGAGGAUGAUCUAGACACCAGCUGGAUGCCAGACACCUGUGGUGGAGAUAUUUACAGUGACAGUCCAUAUCCUUAUAUGGAUUUUACGGGCAAUGAUGAGGACUUGGUCUAUGACGCGUCACAACUCGAUCCAAGGCUUUUGGGGGAAAUUAUGCGGCAAAUGAAAAUGGAUCCACGUUUCCAGCAUUUGUGGCAGCAUUUGGAUGGAGAAAAUGGUUUUGGUGAUUACUUAGAUCCUCCUUAUAUAGACAGUCAACUAGAGCAGGAUCAAAACGAUGAUUAUUAUAAUGAAAAUUCAUUGGACUAUCAAGUGGGCUGGAAUGAAAAUUACCAAAGUUAUGAUGGUUAUGAACAAUGGAACGAAUAA